GUCUGCGACUCCAACCGGGUAGCAUGGCCAGAUAACCUUCUAGUCACAAUUUAACUAAUUUAUAAGUCUGGAUCUGAAAAACCGGUAACAGUUAAUAGUAAAGUGUUAAAUCUGGUUUUUGUUAAUAAUGGCUUCGCUACCGAAUGGACACACCGCGAAGAAAUUGGAUAUCGUCGUUGUCGGUGGCGGUUUGGUGGGGUCUUUAGAAGCAUUGUAUCUUGCCAAAAGGGGACACAGGGUACGGCUUUAUGAAUAUCGUGAAGAUAUUAGGGAAACUCCGCAAGCUCGUGGGAGGUCCAUAAAUUUGGCGCUGUCUAUACGUGGCAGGAGAGCGCUUAAGGAUGUUGGUCUAGAACAGCACAUGAUCGAAAACCAUGGAAUCCCCAUGGUGGGAAGGAUGAUCCACAAACUAGAUGGAACCACGUAUGCGAUACCGUACGAUGCGAGGACGAACCAGUGCAUUUAUUCAGUCGGGAGAAAUUAUCUCAAUGGCAUGCUAUUGAAAGAAUCAGAGAAUUAUGAGAAUGUUGAGAGAUAUUUCAAUCACAAACUCAUUGAAGCAAAUUUGAAAAAAGGCUCAUUAACAUUUACAAAGACAGAUACCAAAGAGGAGGUGAAAGUAAACGCUGAUUUGGUUAUCGGCGCUGAUGGAGCGUUUUCCGCAGUUCGCAAAGCGAUGAUGAAACAACCUCUAUUCGACUACAGCCAGAAGUACAUAGAACAUGGUUAUUUGGAACUGUGUAUACCAUCUAACGCGAAUGGCGGGUUUCAGAUGCCAGCUAAUUAUUUGCAUAUCUGGCCAAGAGGUACAUUCAUGAUGAUUGCGCUGCCAAAUCAAGACUGUUCGUGGACAGUGACGCUGUUCAUGCCAUUUACCAAUUUCAAAAAACUAGACUCGAAGGAGAAACUUCUACAAUUUUUCGAGAAAUAUUUCCCUGACUCAAUUCCGCUUAUCGGGAAGAAGAAAUUGAUCGAGGACUUUUUCAGCGGUUCACCUUCGCCUUUGGUAUCUGUAAAGUGCCGCCCUUACAAUGUAGACGAUAAAGCGUUGAUUAUCGGGGAUGCUGCUCACGCCGUGGUCCCGUUCUAUGGUCAAGGAAUGAAUGCUGGCUUUGAAGACUGCACCCUCUUGGACCAGCUCAUGCAGAAAUACAAAGAUGAUCUACCACGAGUCCUCGAAGAGUUCUCGGAUACGAGAUGGAAGGAUACGUAUGCGAUCAGCGACUUGGCGAUGUACAAUUACGUAGAGAUGAGGGAUCUAGUAACCCGCCCGUCAUACAGAAUUCGUAAGGCUUUCGACGACCUCAUAUUUUGGGCGUUCCCUAACUUUUGGGUGCCGCUUUACAACUCUGUGACCUUCACCACAAUGCCUUACAGCAAGUGCGUCGAGAACAGACGUUGGCAAAAUAAGGUUUUAUUCUCUGUGAUCGUAGCUUUUAUGAUAUUCACUAUGUUUGGUUUGUUUUAUGUGAGGAAUUAAAUUGCUACGUGUGCCCGAUACGUAUCUUUGAUUGUUCAUUAAAGUAAAUGUGGAAACGCUAUUAAGUUUCGAAGCAUUUUAUAAUGCAGUUGUUUAUUUUUCUGUUAUUUUUUUUGUUGUUUUUUUUUUAGUGCAAAUUAUCAAUAUUGUUUUUGUAAUUUAUUUUCAAUUCACA